AUGGAAAAUCUGUUUAUGAAAAGUUAAAACUUUGACUUUAAUUUAGCAAAAAAUAAAAUUAAUAUAGAAAAUGUCAUCCCUUAAUUGUUAUCAACCAUGGAUUUCAAAACUUCUGAUUUUAAAUUAAAUUAAGUCAGUCUCAUAAAAUUAAGAGGAGGAGGAUGUGGGACAUCUUAGCCAGAGAAAAAUAUUAUGGAGUAGUUAGAAAUUGAUUAAAAUUUAAAAAUGUCAUCUUAAUUACCUCAAAACUUUCAAACAAAUCUAAAUGAUUCAUUAAACUUCAUAGUAGAAGGUGCUAAGUAAAUUGGAGAUACAAAUUAAAGAAAUACAGUAAUUAUGAAAAUUUAAUGGUUUAUUCAUAAUCGAGAACACUUGAAUUAUUUUAAUAUUGAUAAAAGAGAAACAAGCAAAAAUUAUGAAUUAAUUCAAGGAAAUUUUUUAAAAUUAUUAACAGUCCUUACAACACAUUUAAGAAGCUCAGGAUUUUUUUGUUAAUAAAUUCUAUAAAUUUGUAAUGAAUUAUUAAGAAUUCUUUAUGCAUUUUAAUUAGACAAUCCUAAAAGAUUUUUUGAUGAUGAUGUUAAAUAAGAAUACCUUCAAUACUUAUAAGACUUUAAUAUUUAAUUAGAUAUAGAAUAAAGUAAUGUUUGGAAGACUGGAAUUGAAUUUGAGCUAAUAAUGAUGAAAAUAAUGAUAAUGAAUUCAAAAAGUAAUUCGACUGAAGGAAAGGAUAAAUUAUUAGAUAUUUUUAAGUAAGUUGCUAUAUCAAUAGCAUCAUUCUCUCCUUCUGAAAACCUUUUUUAGAGUGUUGUAAAUGGUUUUCAAUAUCUUAUAAAAAAAGGGAUGGAGAAAAAAUUAUAUCCAAUAGAAGUUUACUAAACUUAUUAUUUAUUUUAAUUAAUUAAAUGGUCUAUUAUCAGACAAUUAAAGUCUAAGUAAUCAGUUUAUAAAUAAAUCGAAUAAUUGAAGAAUGCUUUUCAAAAAUAUAUUUUAGAUUCUGAAAAUUGGAUUUUACAUUUCAGUUGGAUAUAAAUGAUAACUGAUAUUAUUGCUUAUCGUCCAAUAAUCAAUAAGUCUAUUCUAUUUAACAAACAAGAGCCAAGUAAGUAAUUUAUCCUUUGGAAUUCCUUAAUAGAAAAUAAUUUAAUUAAUAUUGUUUCAUACAAUAAGAAUGAAGCAAUCAUGAACCUAUUUUAGGACUAAGAGAGGAAAAUGUUAAGUUUUGAAUUAUCUAACUUUUUGGAAAAUUAUGGCAAAAAAAAAUUUCUACUGUUUUCUCAAUUUUUAUUAUAAGGAGAUCUUAUAAAAACGAUUAAUCAUUGGGAUUAUUACAAAGAAUUCUCUUUGAAAAAAAAAGAAAAAAAAAAGCAUGAGGACUAUGAUAUCAUUUUAGCUAGUCAUGAAUUAGAAAUAUUACAAACAUUAAUUUUCAAUUUUAAAUCUUAAAAAGAUACAAUACUAUCUAAUUAUUCCAGAAUCUUAUAACAAUUUGAAACAUUUUUUAAAGAGCCUUCUUAAAUAAUGAUUGAAGUCAUUAAAGAUGAUUAGUAUGUAUCUUUAGAGUAAUUCUUAGAAGCCUAUAAAAAAUUAAUUUUAUUAUCGAAUUAUAUUUAUUAGUUAGCUAAAUUUGAAGUUGCUAAAAUUAAUAUGCUUAAACCCUACUUAACUGAAUUCUAGAAUAAUACUACUUUUAAGGAUUCUGAGUAGUUAAAAUUUCUCAAAAAUUCAUUAUAAAGAAUUGAAGAUUUUAAUAAAAAUUAAAUCAAUUAAUUGAUCACUCAAUUUUUAAAUUACUUUUUAAUUGCUAUUAAAUUUACCAGUUCAACUUAUGAGUUAAUUUAGUUUUUAGAUACUAAGUAAUCGACAGAUUUAGUUAAUAUAUUGGAUUCUUUUUAAGUUAAUUAAUUUGAAAAACUUUAUGUUAGUUUUGAAAUCUAAUUUGAUUAAUUUACUUUUGAAUUAAAUAUGUUUAAGGAUAGUUUUAUCUAGUUAAUAGAGAAGAAAGAAGCAAAUUAAAUAAAAACAAUCUCAAUACCCUCAUACAAUAUAUCUGAAAUUAUUGAUUAUAUUAGUUAAGGUAAAUGGAUUAAUACAAUUUUAAAAAAUCUGUUAUUUUAGGAAUAUUUUAGUAAAUUCUCUUUGUUUGAAUCAUAGCUUAUAACUUUACAAGAUGUGAAAGAAAAUUAUGUAAAUUGCAAAUUUUGCAUUACAACAUUGAAAUUUUUAAAAAAAUUCUUCUAAUUACAAGAUUAAGAAAUAAGAUCAAUUUUCUCUUAAAUAAAUCAACAAAAAAGCAAAUAAGAAAUCAAAUAAGAAAAUUUAAGUGUUAAACAAGUAUUUCUCUAAAAUAUUUUGGAAUAAUAAAGACAAAAAGUAGAUGAGAUAAUAAACUAAAUUAAUGAAAAAGGUUUUAAAGUUGGCUGUAAAGCUUUAGUAGAUUAAAUAUAAUCUGAUAUUACACUGUAUAAAGAAGAAAUUUAGAAAAUUUAGAUAAAUAAACAAAGUCAAGAUAUUUCAUAAUUCUUUUUAGAAUCAUAAUUUGUUUUACUAACAGUGAUAAACGAGCCUAAUAAAGUAUAAAUUUUAAAAGAACUUCUUGCUAAUUAUGAUAGAAAAUUGAGUUAAGUAGGUUAAAAAGAUGAGAGCAAUAAAAAUUCCGAAAGCAAUUAGAAAAAUAAUGAAUAAAAUAACCAGAAGGAGGAAAUAUAAAUUGAUGAUAAGAAAAAAUGCUUAUAAAUACUAAAUGAAAGUUAUAAAUAUUUUAAGUCUUUUGAAAAAUUAUUAAGACUUGGUUUAGUUUUGAUUCAUCAAUAAAGAAAUAUUUGCACUUCCAAUUUAAAAUAAGAAUAAUCAUAGACAGAGUUAUAGAAAAAAUAAUCAAACGAAGAAUAAAAGAUCAAACCUUACAUAGAGAGCCUAAUGAAAAAAAGAAAUGAAUAUUUUAGUGAAGAAAAAUAAGCCUAAAUAAAAAUGCUAAUUUAAUUUUUAAUUGACCAAACCAAUAAUAAAUAAUUUGAUCCUGUUUAUCUCAAAUUAGAAGAAUUUAUAAAAUUUUUUUAAUUGUUUUUUAAUGAUAAUUCAAGCUAUGUGGGAGAUUUAGCUAAUUAGAAAAAUAUGAAAGCAGAUAAAAUUAAUGAUUCAGUAUGGAAAGAUAUCUAAAAUGCAUAUAAAGAAACAAAAGAAAAGAUUCUGGACUCACUAGAUUAUAAACCUGAUUAUAAAGUAAGAGAAGGAUUAGUCUACAAUUUAAUCAAACUUUAAUAAACUGUUUAAGAAUAAUAGAUUAAUUCAUUUUCAUCUAAAUAUAUCAGCUACAUGUGGGUGUUUGAAAAAGAUUAAAAAGUUAGAAGUUUAUUGAAGAAUAAAGAAUUAAUUGAAUUUUAGAAGUAGUUAUUUGCUUAAAAUCUAGAUAAUUUAUAAAUUUCAAUAAAAGAUGAAUUGAAAAGUAGAAUAUAAAAACUGGAUAACCUCUAACAAUAAAUCAAACUUGAAGGAAAUUAAUAAAAAAGAGAAUAAAUUUAAUUGUUGUUAAAGAAUACUUAUGAUGAAUUAGAUGAAUCUUUAGAAAAUAUUUCUGAAAUGUCAGAAGCCAUGGAUAUUAAUCUUAUAUUUCUCAAAGAUAUUUCGAAGGAUGUAAAGUAAAUAAAAGUGCAAAUUGAUAGUUUAUAAGAAAGUAUUAAUUAAGUGGGUGAUGAUAUUCGUAAAUUAAGGGGGAAAAGUUAUAAAGAAUUAUUAGAUAUUAGAAAAUAAAAAAUAUUAUAAUAAUCAAAACUAAAUGAUGUUGACUCGGUUUAUGUAUAAUUACACACAAUUGAAUAUGACCCUAUUACUGGUGAAAAUAUUCUUUCUGAAGGCAAGCAGACAACUUAAUUGAUGGUUUAAUAAUGGAAUGAUCCUAAUGGAGAAGUCAAUGAAUUCAUUUGGGAAUAUGAAAUAUUAAGAGAAAAGGAAUAAGUAGAAGCAGAAAAAGAAAUAGAAAUAGAAGAUAAAAUAUAAUAAAAAGAAUUAAAAGAUGUUAUGUUAAUUUCAGGAUAUGCUGGUUCUGGCAAAAGUAAAGCAGCCAGAAAAAUAGAAGAAUUUCUUUGGUUACAAGAAGGAAUUCACUCAAAAUGGAUUCCAAUAUUUGUAUCUCUUCCAACUUUAAAGAAUCCAAAAUAUAAUUUAUUCGAAUAGGCAUUAGAAUCAGAAAAUUAUUAAUUUGAUUAAUAUUAAAUUAGAGAAUUUAAAGAUGCAAUCUAAGCAAGAAAAGAAAAAAUUUUACUCAUCCUUGACAGUUACGAUGAAAUGAAAUAAGAUUGUAUUUAGUAAAAUCUAUUAAUGACUAAUAAAUUGUUUUAAGAUUUAAAUAUUGACAAAUUCAAUUUAAAUUUGAAAAUAAUUAUUACAACAAGAAAAGAAAUAUUAAAUUCAGUUGGAUACUAAACUUGGUUUUAUGGGUAAAGUCUUUCAACUUUGAAAGAAGUGUAGUUAUAAAAUUUUAAUCAGAAAUAGUAAAAUUAAUAUAUCAAUAAAUAUGUUGAGUUGACUAUUAAAAGAAAAAUUAAAGAAGUUUAUGAAUUUGUUAAAUCAAUAUCUGGGUAUAAUUUUGAUUUGGAAGAAUUCCUUUUAAUUUGGGGUUUAAUUUCUAAAUAAGUUCAUGAAAUUGUUUAAGAAUCUAAAUUUUCUAAUCUAUAUGGAAUUUUCAAAAAUAAAUAAGAAGUAUAAAUAAUACAAAAAUUAAAGACCCAUAAAAUUCUGGAAGUAUUAAAAGAAGAAUAAACAACCACAUUACAAAAAGAGCUUUUAGCUUUGUGGAAUCCAAAUUAAUUUAAAAAAUCUAUUGAAAGUGUUUAAAUUCAAGAUUUACUAACUACCCCAUUUAUGUUGGAAAUUGUUGUUUAAGUUUUACCUAAUAUGAUCAAAAUGUAUAAAGGAUCAACAAUUAUUAAAGAUAUUUUCAUCAUUAAUUUUAUAAAAUUGAAAAAAUAGGUAAGCCAAUCUAAAAGUUUAAUUGAAUUUUAUCGAAAGGAAUACAAUCCAUUCAAUUAAAAUGAAAGAUUACGCUUAGUUAAAUUUGAUAUUGAUUAGGAGUUCUCAAGAUUAAAUGAUGAAGAAUAACUUUCUAAGAUUCAGAAAGCAGAAAUAAAUGAGACAGUUGAUAAACUUGAUAAAGAAAACUUUUUCUAAAAAUAUUCUAUUGCUAGUAUAUUGAAAUCUGAAGGAAAUAAUAUUAUUGUUGAUGGUUAUAAAGUCUAAUUAAACCCCGAAGACAUUGAUUUAGUAAUUAUGUCCUUAAAAAUGAAAAAAUUCACUAUUUUUGAGUUUUAUGAGAGCUUCAUCAAUUUUUAUCAUUUAUAGUAAAUUUAAAAAUAAAGAGAAUUAGGUAAAAUAUAGAAUUAUGAGAGCUUUGCAUUUGAUAUUUAAUAAUUCUCUAAUUCAUUAGCUAUUGAUAUGACUUUAAGAGAAUUAUCUUAAAUAAAUUAUAAAUCCUAAGGUAAACUUGAUUUAAAAAGUAAUUAUAAAAUAGAAAGAGUUGUUGAUGAUUGGUUGAAAUAAUAUUUUGAUAUGGAAGAUGAAUAUAAAAAAUUAAUUAGAACUUGUAUUCUAUUAACUUCUAAGGGAAGUAUGCAUUCCUUUACUCAUAAAUCAAUUUAAGAAUUUUAUGUUGCAAAAUAUAUUUAUGAUCUUCUUUCAUCUUUGAAUAUUAAACUUGAUUAUAAUAAUUCGAAAUAUUUAAAUGAAGAAAUGGAAAAAUAUAUGGCAAUAUUAUAGUCAUCUGUAUUCAACGACCCCAAAUUUAAUCUAUCAACAGAUAAUUUUAGGAACAUAAUAAGCUUGAUUAUAGAAAAAAUACUUAAUGAUGAAAAUAUCAAGUAUAAAUUAAUUGAGAUAGUUAAACUUUCAAAAACACACUGUUACACUAGUUCAGCCUCAAAUAGUAUUUAUUUAUUAAAUUAAAUGAAUGUUUAUUUGGGAUCUUAAGACUUUAGUUAAAUAGAGUUAGCUAAUACAAAUAUAUCCGGUUUAAGCUUUUUUAAUAGUGAUUUAAGUAGCUCAAAAUUCGAGAAUGUAGAAAUAAAUUCGUGCAAUUUCAAUUUCGCUUAGUUAUCAAAUGUUUAAUGGUCCAAUUUGAUUUGUAAAGAAAAACCAUUUUUAAAAGGCCAUACAAAUAGAGUUGUAGAAGUAAAAUUUUCCCCUAAUGGUCUUUAUAUUGCAUCUGCAGGAGAUGAAAAUGAAAUUAAAUUAUGGAAUUCUUAAACAUAUCAGUUGAUUUAGAAUUUAGAAGGGCAUACAGAUUCAAUUAAUACACUCUCAUUUUCAUCAGAUUCUUCAAUAAUAAUUUCUGGAAGUAACGAUUACACUAUUAGAAAUUGGGAUAUAAGAAAUCUUUAAAACAAAAUUACAGGUGUACUUAUAGCUAAAUUGAAUGCUUAAGUCUUAAAAGUAUAAAUAUCUAAAGAUUAAAAAAGAUUAUAUGUCUAAGAUAAACAUGGUCUUUUUUAGAUUUUGAAUUUAAAAAAUGAAGAUUUAACUUUGAUUGAUGAUGAGAUAUUCAAAUUAGAAAAUAAGAAUAAGAUUAGAUUAUUUGCUUUUAAUCCAAAAAAUCCAAUAGUUUCAAUUGCAUAUAGUAAUUAAUAAAUUGAAUUAAUUGAUUAUUCAACAAAAAAUGAAGAAAAGCCCAAAAUUAUACAAAGUCCUCUUCUAAAUUAGAUUAGAUAUAUGAUAUUUAGUCCAGAUGGAAAAUACUUUGCUGUCGCCUCAUAUCAUGAUGUUGCUGUUUAUGAUAUUACACAAAUAACAAUAUAAAUGUUAAGCUAGUUUAGAUUCACAAAUGUCCGUUUAAUAACUAUUUAAUUUGAUUCAACAAUUAAAUAUUUAAUUAUUGGCACAGAAGAUUGUAUAUUUUAAAGAGAAAUUCAUCAACCUAAAAUCGAAAGUCAGGAAGUCUAAGAAAAAUGUCUUGAAAUUUAAAUUUCACCAGAUGGUUAAUUAGCUGCAACAAUAUAUGAAAACAAAAUUAUCAUUAGAAACUUUUAAUCAGAUUAACUAUUAUAUUCUCAAUCUUUCGAGUUCUAGCCAAGUGAGAUUAAGUUCUCAAAUGAUGGUACUGAAUUAUCCUUUUUGCUAAAUCAAGGUAAAAUCAUUAAGAAUUUUUUAAUUAUGAAUUUAAAUAAGUUUGAAAUUAUUUAUAAUCUUGCUUGGAAUAAUAAAAUUUGGAAUAAAUUAAUAAUUUCAAAAAGAUUUGAGAAAAUGCUAGUUCUAUUUAAAUUAAUUGAAACAGAUUAAUAGGAAAUUACAGGAUCCUUAAUAAUAGAUAGAAAUAAAAUUAACUAAAAUUUAUAAAACUAGAUAUUGAAUUUAAACAUUAAAAAGUUUUGUGUUAAAUACAAUAGUUGGAUUAUUGCUUAUAUAACAUCGGAUUCUAACUCUAUAAUAAUAUAUAAUUUAGAUAAGAAAAAGUAAAUUCAAGAGCCUCUUGAAAAUGAAAAGAAAAUAAUCCAGAACUUUUCGUUUUCCCCUAUAAAAAACCAUUUAGCUGCUGUUUAUGAGUAAGAAUUAUUAAUUUGGAAUUUAGAUUUGUAACCUUUUGGAUUAUAAAAAAGAAUUAAAUUGAAUGACUUCUUUAUUUCCUCUAUGAAUUAUUCUCCUGAUGGUUCACGAAUAGGAUUAAUAUUUGAAAAUUCGUUUCAAAUUUACAAUUUAAUUGAAGAUAAUUUUAUAAUUCAUUAACAAAAAUUUCAACCUAAAGAAAUAGCAUUCUCAAUAGAUAAUCAGUAGAUUGGAUUAAUAACCUAAAAACAUGAAAUAUUCUUUUUUAAUGAAAAUAUGAAUGAAAAAAAAUUAUAUAACAUUUCAAAAAACAAAGAUUUUGUUUUUACGCCAGAUUAGAAAUGUAUAAUUACUACAUAUAAAAAUGAAUUAAUUUUAUUGGAUCCAUCUACUUUAUAAAAUAUAGAUAAGAAGUUAAUGAAUAUAAAUUUUGAUUCAGUUUCAUUUUCUCAAUAUACAAAUAUAAUUGUAUUACAGAGAGAUUUUAUUAUAGAAUUAUGGAACUAUUAAGAUAAUGCAUUAAAAUAUAUUGGAUCUUAUUUAUUUGAUUAUUCCAUCAGUUAAGUAGAAUUUGUAAAUGAUGAUUAACAUCUUUUAAUAUUAAAAAAGAAUUCGGAACUAAUUUUGAUUGAAUUGAAUUUUUAGUAGUUGUAAUAAAUAGCAAUAGGUCAAAUAGAUUGCGGUGCCUUUUCAUUGGAUGGUUAAAUUGCAUUAAAUUAUGAAAGCUAUUUAAAAAUAUUUAAUUCAGAGUUUUAAAUGAUAAAUUUUUUAGAAUUUGAUCUUUCCUUCUGUAAAUAUUUAGAGUUUUUUGAGCAUAAAUAAAAUUAUAUAUUAGCUGUUUUAAGAGAUAAAAUUGUCAUUUUAGAUUAUCUAGAGAAUAAAAUUAUUAGUUGGCCCUCUUCAUUUGAGGAGGGUUUAAUUUAAUCAAAAUUAACUUUGUAAGAUACAUUAAUUAUGAUGUAAGAUGAAAAUAGUGUUAAAGUUUGGGAUAUAAAUGACUUCAACAAUAUCUAAUUAUGCAUGUAUUAAGAAAAUAUUCAAUCUUUUUUUAUUUAUGACGAAGGGAAAUAUGGAGUUGGAAUAAGAGAUGGUUAGGUAAUAAGAAUUAAGGAUAUAUUUAACUUAAAUUUUGUAUUUCCUAUAAAUUAAAAAGAAGAAAGUGAUUAAUUAAUUAUUAAUUAAGAAUCAUAUUUAAUCUUAACUAACUCUUAUAAACUUUUAUUUUAUUAGAGAGAUAACAAAUAAAUAUUUAAAUUUAAAGAUGAGGUAAUUAGCUUUGCAUAUUCUGAAGAAAAGAACUUGUUUGCAAUUUUCUCAAGACAAAAUUAAAUUUAACUUGCUGAAUUUUUGAAUGGCCAAUUUAAUGUACUUUAUGUUUUUGAAGAGAAAGUGUCAAAUAUCGAUUUUGUUAGUCUGUUUUUAUCGAAAGAUGGAGAAUAAAUGAUCAUUAAAUCUGAGGAAAGUUUCAGUGUAUUUUAAAUAAAAAAGAAGAAGAAUGUAUUUCGAAAAGUCUUUUAUCUUGGUUUAAAUGAUUAGAUUUCUAUUAUACCUAAUUAGGCAAUAGCAUUUUAAAAUUAAGGAACUUCUACCCAAAAGCAAUAUAUAGCCCUUUUAAUGCAGAAUAUGAAAUCAUUUAAGAUAGUUGAUGCUUAAAAUUUGAAAUAACAAGUAUUAAUUUAUUCAAAAGAUUUAUCGAUAUUUGAAUUAGGUUAAAAUGAAGAAAUUUAUAUGAAUAUUGGAAAUAAAUAAACUAUUAUCUUUGACUCUAUAAAACUUAAAGUAAGAAUAGAGGAGAAUUCGAAAAUGAAUUGUAAAAAUAUCUUGAAAUCUGUUGGAGAGGAUAAAUUUGUUUAUAUAAAUGAUGAGAAUAAAAUUAUUUUAUAUACUGCAUCAACUUUUUCUUAAUCAGAAAUUGAAAUAACCAUAGAUAAAAUAACCUGCAUAGAAUAUUUACCAUAAUAAUAGUGGAUAGCAGUAAGUACAGAUGAGAAUGCUAUAAUAUUUUGUGAUUUGUAAGCUAAAAAUAUUGUUGGAUCAUUAAAAGGACAUUAAAAAUAAAUUAAUUCUAUGACAGUUUCACCGAAUGGAAACGUUUUUGCAUCUGCAAGUGAUGAUAAACUAAUAAAGUUAUGGAAUAUUCAAUAAAAUGAAACUUCAGAGGUUAAGUAGAGACAUAAAUAUUCUAUUAGUUGUUUGGUAUUUUUUGAAGAUGGUCAAACUCUAGCAUCAGGUAGUAUAAAGGGUUUAGAUGAGGAAGUACCAAUUUUUCUAUGGGAUCUAGUUGAUAAAAAGUUACUGAAUCAACUUAAAGGACAUACAGAUACUAUUCUCUGUUUAGAAAUCUCUUUUUGCGAGAAAUAAUUAAUUUCAGGAAGCAAGAAUGGAACUAUAAUCUUUUGGAAUGUUCAAUAUCCAUAGGCAGCAGAGAUUUUAUAUUAUAUAGAUGAAUUCAAUUUAUCUAUUAAUUCUCUUAAUAUUUCCAAAAAGGAACCAAAUUUUAUUAUAUUAUCCAAUCAGAAUUGUAUUUAAAAAUGUAAUCUAAAAUAAAUUAAAAAAUAAGACAAAAGAACUCUCCAACUAAAGAAUAGAUUUUAAGAAUACUAGUUUCUUUAAGCUGAUUAAUUUGUUUAUAUAGAUGAUAAAUCGAAAUUAAAAUUAUUAAAACUUGAAACACAAAAAUAAGAGGUAAUAUCAACAGAAGGAAAUAAAAUUAUUUAAAUCAUUCCUUCAAAAGAUUGCAGUUAGAUUUUGUGUUUAUAGAGCAAUGGAUAUUUAAGUUCUUAUUAAAAAAAUAAGGAUGCAAAAUGGAUCAAGUAUUAUUUCAAUCAUUUAUAUACAAAGCAUUUAUUUAUCACUCCCAAUUAAUAAUUAAUAUUUUAGUUACUGAAUAAAUCUUAGGAUAUAAGCUCUCUUAAAUAUUAACCAAUAAUCAUACAUGAUUUUAAUAAAUUUUUGUCUUCAUCAUCAGAGAAAGAAUUUUUGAUUGAAUAAUAGAUUAUGGAUGACGAAAUAAUAACAUUUUCUUAAAACCUAAUAAUCAAAUUUAUUAAUAAUACUAUAACAAUACAAGAAAUUAGUAAUUAAAAAAUUAUUUAGAGUUUUAAUAAUAGCCAAUUUACAAAGAAUUAUAAAAUAUCAUAUGAUUAUAAAUAUUUGGCUUGUUAAUCAAAUAAUAACAGUACAUAAACUUUUCUAUAAAUAUGGGAAAUUUAAAAUCCUAAUAAUUUCAUUCAACUUAAGGUUUUAGACUAAAGUCUGAUUGAAUAUGAAUUCUCUAGUAAAGAUUCAAACAAAAUUUACGCAAUUUAUAAAAAUGGAAUUCUAAUGCAAUGGGAUGUUAUCAAUCAAAGAGUUUAAAUUUUGAACGUUUCUUUUUAAUUGUCGAAUUAUAUAAAAUUUAAUUUUUCAACAAGUUUAAAAUAUUUAUUGUGCUAUAAGGAUGGUAAUUAAAUAGAUGUAUGGUAAUUAGAAAAUUCUGAAAAAUAUUUAGAAAUAGAUUUAAUUUAUAGAAUUGGAAACAUCGCUUUUUCUAAAAAUGAUGAAAAUUUUAUAGUUGCUCUACCUUUUUAGGAUUAAAUUAUUUUAACAAACAAAAUAAAAUAAAAUCACAUUGAUGUCAUUUUUAAUUAAUCUAGAGAGCUAAUAAUUUAAUUUGUUAAUAAUGAAUAAAAAUUAAUUGCUAUGAUAUCUCGUUUCCUAGUUUUAUGGUAAAUAGAUGAACAACUUAAUUAUUAAUUAAUAGGAUAUUGGUAAGUAUUGGAUGAUCUUCUAUAGAGUAUUUAAACAAAUUGCUUUUUUGAUUACGAUGACUAAAAAUAGUAAAUAGCUAUUAACUUUGAGAAUAGGAUAUAUGUAAUAAAAAUGAUUCCAACAAUUUGUAUGAAUAGUGAAGAUAGCUUUGAUCAUAUAAAUGAUUAAAGAUCAGUUUGCUUUUCACCUGAUAGUUAAUAUUUUAUUAAUUUGACUCCAUAUUUGAAAAUCUACGAAGUAUAAAAUUUUAAAAUGUUAAUUGAAUCCAAAGAUUUUUAAGGUUAAUCUGCUUCAUUUUAAUCAAAUGAAAUUUUAGUAAUAGCAAAUAAUUAAGAAAUGCACUUUAUAAAUAUUAGUAAGAUAGAUAAAUUAGAAGAGAUUAACAAAAUAAACUACUAAAAUUAGAUCUUUGAUUUUGCAUUAAGUUUGGACUAUUUAUUAAUAUAAUACAAAAAUGAAAAUGAACUAUUUUAAUAAAUUAAUGUAAUUCCUGAAAUGAAGUCAAAGAAGAAAAAGAAAAAGAAGAAAAAUAUUUAAAUAAAAAUGAGAGAUCGAGAUAAUUAAAUAAAUUAAUAAGUGGAUUGUCAAGAUAAGCUUACGAAAUUAUAUUCAAAAAAUAAUUCUCUUAUAUCUAUCUUUUAUACUUUUGGCAAACCAUAAUUUAGUGAAAGUGGAAAAUAUUUAGUAUUAAAUAGAUGGAACAACUUUUCAAUAAUUAAUAUUUAAAAUAUAGAAAAUCAUAUUUUUGAAUAACAACAUUUAUUGGAUCAAUAAAUUGAACAUGGCUAAAUUUUUUAUUCUCCUGAUGAAGAAUUUAUAUUUUUAUUUACACAAAACAGUAUUUAACUUUUAAAUUCAAAGAGUUUAAUUUCAAUAAAAAAUUUUCCAAUAGAUUUUUUAGUAAAAGAGAUUUAAAUAUCUUAAAAUUGGAAAUCCUUUGCUUUAAUGAAUGAAACAUUUGUAAAGAUUUAUUUGUUUAAAAAUUAAUAAGAAUUUGAAUUGGUUUAGACAAUUAAUGAAAAAAAACACAUAUUCAAUUGUGUCGCUUUAUCUCCUAAAGGAGAUCUAUUUCUUACUGGAGGGUAAAAUAAAGAAGAUUUCACAAAUUCAAUAUAGUUAUGGAAAUUAUAUUAAGAUAGUAAAUUAUGCAUUAAUGAUUUAUUAUCUGAUCAAGUAAAGUUAUUAAAAUUUUGUCCAGAUGGAAUCAAUUUUGCUGCAGGUUUCUAAGAUGGAUCUGUUAAUUUAUUUUCAAUAAAUGUAAAAUAGUUAACACAUGUUUCGGGCUCAGAAUAAUAUAAAAUAUUUUGUUAUUAAUCAUUUGCCAAGUAAUCAUUAUUGUAAGCUCAAUAAUGCAUAUUAUCAAAAUAACCAAAAAUGCAAGAAUCAAUUAUUUAACUUCUGUGUUAAAAAGGUGCAAAUUAAUAAUGA